CGUGAUCGGAAUAUUAUUGGUUUAAUUAUUUUGAUUACUAGUUACUACUCGCUAGUCGGCUAGUCGGCUAGUCGCUAGAAAAUAUUAUCGUAGUGAUAGUAUUGUAGAAUUAAUAAUAAAAGUAAAUAAAUUAUUUAAUUCACAUUUCACAAUUUUCACAUAUUGAAACUUAAGAGUUGAGAACCUCAGAGCAUAGAUAAGCAACCAAAGAAUAGUAAUUAGGAGUAAUGAGACUUGAGAGUUGAUGAUGUAUCCGUUUUGACUGCCGAGAAUUUACAUAUUAAGUAAUAGACACCUAUAGCGUUAUUGUUGUUGUUAUUGAUCGCGUUUGGGGCUUCUUGAAAUAAUUGUUUUAGUAAUAUGACAACGUUUAAAUGGUUUAUGGUAUCUGGCAGCAUGCGUUCCAACUAUUAAGAAAACAUUAUCGUUACAUUGUCGCUUCCACAUCAGAUCAACGGAAACGGGUGUAUGAAUACUGUUAAACACAAGCCGGGAUUGCAACUUCAGUACCUGUUGCAAGGAGGCUCAUACCGAAACACCAAAUUACACGAAAUAACCAUGAUUGGAGCAAUGCCUGCUGUGGCCGUCCGCCACGAGCGGCGGAGGCAGGAGAAAAAAGUUGUGUGUGUGAAUAAUCUGAAUACCGGUGACCGGGAAGGCACAUCGAACACCACUGGAAAUCGGAGACCGAGUCUUCUAACAUUGCAGUCACCUCAUUCCCAGACUGGUACACCAAUCACAUCUCCGCCGUACGUCCAAAACUCACUGCCAGAUAUAUACGUCUGUUCAAAAGUGUCCGUUCUGCACAUAGCCGUGGUGACCAUACUUAUCGGGGCCAUACUGCUGAUCGUCGGGCUUGUUCAGCUGAAGCCGGGCGCCGACGCAUCCCAGUACAAGUUCGUGUUGAUCUUCUCCGGUCUGAUCACCACGCUGGUCGGUAUCCUCACGGCCAUCGUCCGGUGCUGCCUCUUGCCGUGGGUCAUCAAACGUCGACAAAGGAGAUCCACCCCGUCAACGCCGGGAGUGCUAUUGACCGCGUAAUAAUGGAGAAGACGCCGCAUCACCGCUACAAGACGAUCGAGAUUUCUGCUUAUCUGCUUUACUCACACAUAAACACGUGCGCGCACGCGCACACACAUUUGUUUUUAGGACAACGUGAAUCAUAUAUUAUUAUUUAUAGACAAAAGUAUGUUAUUUAAUUUUUACUCUUUGCCGUUUGCAUAUCGUUAUCGGAAGAGAAUCGAUAGCGGGAAAAUGUCGGUCUCGCCUGCAAAAAGGAUCGAUUUUUUACGCGAAAAAAGAAUGCGUUCGAUAUAAUAUACGAUAUUUACUAGAUUCGUAAAUUUUAUAGACGAUAUUAUAUAAUAGAUCACUUUAAAUACUUACGGGUUUAAAUUUUAAACGGUGUAUCUAUAGUAUUAAUCUGUCGGUCAGCUACUCAGUUCUAGCCUCUGUUACAUGAAUCGGAUUUUCGCCGAAGAUUAUUCGGUGCCUUUAUACACAAUAAAUUAUAUACUUUAAUUGUAUUUUAUUACAUAGAACUUAUAUAAUAUAAUACACACACACACACA